GGCGGAGGAGCUCGGGGCCUUUUCCGAGACGUCGGCCGAGUUGGGCUCAGUCCGGGGCGAGCGCGCGCGCGGCCGGGUCUGCGCUCCUCGCAGGGCGGGCGGGAGGGAGGGCGCCGCGCCCCGGCGGCGACCCCGGCCCGGCCCCACCAUGGGCUUCGAGCUGGACCGCUUCGACGGCGACGUGGACCCGGACCUGAAGUGCGCGCUGUGCGGGAAGGUGCUGGAGGACCCGCUGACCACGCCGUGCGGCCACGUCUUCUGCGCAGGCUGCGUGCUGCCCUGGGUGGUGCAGGAGGGGAGCUGCCCCGCGCGCUGCCGCGGCCGCCUGUCGGCCAAGGAGCUCAACCACGUGCUGCCACUCAAGCGUCUCAUCCUCAAGCUGGAUAUCAAGUGCACGCACGCGGCGCGGGGCUGCGGCCGGGUGGUCCAGCUGCAGGCGCUGCCCGCGCACCUGGAGCGCUGCGACUUCGCGCCCGCGCGCUGCCGCCAUGCGGGGUGCGCCCAGGUGCUGCCGCGCCGAGACCUGGAGGCGCACAUGCGGGACGCGUGCGACGCGAGGCCCGUGGGCCGCUGCCAGGAGGGCUGCGGGUUGCCCCUGACGCGAGGGGAGCUGCGCGCGGGCGGCCACUGCUGUGCGCGGGCCCUGCGGGCGCACAACGGCGCGCUGCAGGCCCGGCUCGCCGCGCUGCACAAGGCGCUCAAGAAGGAGGCGCUGCGCGCGGGCAAGCGGGAGAAGUCGCUGGUGGCGCAGCUGGCCGCGGCGCAGCUGGAGCUGCAGAUGACCGCCCUGCGCUACCAGAAGAAGUUCACGGAGUACAGCGCGCGCCUGGACUCGCUCAGUCGCUGCGUGGCCGCGCCAGCUGGCGGCAAGGGCGAAGAGACCAAAAGCCUGACCCUGGUCCUGCACCGCGACGCCGGCUCCCUCGGCUUCAACAUCAUCGGCGGCCGGCCGUGUGCGGACCACCAGGAUGGCUCGUCCAGCGAAGGAAUCUUCGUGUCCAGGAUCGUGGACAGCGGGCCGGCGGCCAAGGACGGGGGCCUGCAGAUCCACGACCGCAUCGUGGAGGUCAACGGCAAAGACCUAUCCCGGGCGACGCAUGACCAGGCCGUGGAGGCGUUCAGGACGGCCAAGGAGCCCAUCGUGGUGCAGGUGCUGCGGCGGACGCCGCGGGCCAGGGCCUUCCCGGCGCCGUCCGAGGCGCAGCUGGUGGACGCGGGCACCCAGACCGACAUCACCUUCGAGCACAUCAUGGCCCUCGCCAAGCUGUCCCCGCCCAGCCCGCCCGCGCUGGGGCCCUACCUCCUGCCCGAGGAGCACCCCUCGGCCCACGAGUACUACGACCCCAGCGACUACCUGGGCGGCGCCCACCAGGACCUGGACAGGGAGGAGCUGGAGCUGGAGGAGGUGGACCUGUACCGAGCCAACAGCCAGGACAAGCUGGGCCUCACCGUGUGCUACCGCACGGACGACGAGGACGACCUUGGCAUCUAUAUAAGCGAGAUCGACCCCAACAGUAUCGCGGCCCAGGACGGGCGCAUCCGGGAAGGCGACCGCAUCAUCCAGAUUAACGGGCUAGAGGUACGGAACCGCGAAGAGGCCGUGGCCCUUCUAACCAGCGAGGAAAACAAGAACUUCUCCUUGCUCAUCGCACGGCCCGAGCUCCAGCUGGACGAGGGCUGGAUGGACGACGACCGGAACGACUUUCUGGACGACCUGCACAUGGACAUGCUGGAGGAGCAGCACCACCAGGCCAUGCAGUUCACGGCCAGCGCGCUGCAGCAGAAGAAGCAUGAGGAAGACGGGGGGACCACGGACACCGCCACCAUCCUGUCCACCCAGCACGAGAAGGACAGCGGCGUGGGCCGCACGGACGAGAGCACACGCAACGACGAGAGCUCGGAGCAGGAGAACAACGGCGACGAGGCGCCCGGGUCGGCCGCGCUGGCCGGGCAGAGGACACGCACGGGCAGCCAGGACACGCUGGGCAGCGGCGACCUGCCCUUCAGCGGAGAGUCCUUGCUCUGGGCCGACUGCGCCGACGAUGCAGAGUGUGAGAGCUUCCGCCAGCUGCUGGAGCUCAAGUGCCCGGGGCGCAGCGUCCCCGAGAGCACAGAUGGGGAGCUGGGGCUGCUGGACGCGGAGCUGCUGGAGCUGAGGUGCCCGGGGCGGGGCGCGGGCAGGGGCGCCCCCGAGAGCGUGGACAGGGAGCUGGAGCUGCUCAACGCCGAGCUGCGCAGCAUCGAGCUCGAAUGUCUGAGCGUCGUGCGCGCGCACCGGGCUCGGCAGCUGCGCGAGGCCUGGACGCUGCACCCCGGUGGCUUCCGCGGCUGCGACACGGAGGCGGAUGGACGCCGUCACGAGCUCUCCGACAUCACCGAGCUCCCCGAGAAGUCGGACAAGGACAGUUCAAGCGCCUACAACACCGGGGAGAGCUGCCGGAGCACCCCGCUCGCCCUGGACAUGUCCCCCGACAGCUCCCUGAGGAGAGGGGCCGAGGCGACCACAGGGGCCUGCGGGCCAUCGCCAGAGAGUCCACUCCGCAUCACGGAGGAGGCGGACCUGCGCGGGGCCCCGCAGAGCCCUGAGCGCAGCCCAGGGGAUGGCCCCAGCCCCGCACCCCCCACGCACGCGCACGCGCCCCACAAGCUGGCCCACAUCCCGGCGCACGCGCGGCGCUACCGCAGCUACAUGCAGCUGGUGCAGCAGAAGUCGGCUGUGGAGUACGCGCACAGCCAAGUGAGCCUGCUGGGGGUGUGCAAGGACCUGGGCCCCGCCGGCCCGCCCGAGCCCCGCACGGAGUGGAAGGUGAAGGUGCGCAGCGACGGCUCCCGCUACAUCACCAAGAGGCCAGUGCGCGACCGCCUGCUGCGGGAGCGCGCGCUGCGCAUCCGCGAGGAGCGCAGUGGGGUCACCACGGACGACGACGCGGCCAGCGACAUGAAGCUGGGCCGCUACUGGAGCCGCGAGGAGCGCAAGCAGCACGUGGCGCGCGCCAGGGAGCAGAGGCGGCGGCGCGCGCUCCUGCUGCAGAGCCGGCUGGACGGCCCCCGGGAGCAGCCCGCCGACGAGGACAGGAGGGAGGUGAGCAUCCUUGAGCUGAGCCACAAGAAGAUGAUGAAGAGGAGGAACAAGAAGAUUCUGGAUAACUGGAUGACGAUCCAGGAGCUCCUGACCCAUGGCACCAAGUCCCCAGAUGGCACCAGAGUGUACAAUUCCUUCCUCUCCGUGACGACUGUCUAAGCGUCAUGUAUAUAGACAGCGCUACCGUUGGGGUAGAGAACCCUGCCUCGUUCAAUGUGGCAAGUCUCUGUAAGAUAAGAUCAUGUGUAUAGUCCACCUCCGCACUUCCGGGGAGAGGGCUCUGUUUUAAGUGGAGAAAAGCCACCCGGAAACUAUCUUGGGAGGCAAUAUUGACCAACAGGGCCUUUCUCAAAUAGCAAGGGUACUUUUUUACUUGUGACCUUUUACAUAAAGUGCUUAAAUUUCAAAAAGGUCUUUUUGAGCAUACUUUUCACAGGAUAAUGUGUUUAAACUAUAUUCAUAUGGAAAAAGUUACACGUGCUUUUUUUUUCCUGCCGAAAAUACAACUACCAUUAUGUAUUUUUUAAUGGAAUCCUAUUUUAUAAUGUUACUUUCCUGAAUGUGUUUCCUAUGAGUGACCAUUAAUAUAUUAUUUAGGUCAGGGCUUCAGCUCAAAACCACCCAACCGGUUAAUGAUUGAAUACACAUAACCAAACCAGCCGUGUGUUUAAAUGUAUGUUUCAACUGUAAACAUGUUUCUGGUUAAAGUUCCCAGGCGAGCGUCGAGGUGUAAGCAGAAAGCUAAGUAUGGUGCAGCUUUACGGAAGCUUAGAGCAGGUUUGCAAAUACUGCAGCCGGUGGGGAGAAGGUACGCCCACAGGGGAGUCGAGGAUGGAGACGGUGUGUGGACUUUUUAAGUGCUCUCCUCGCAGACCUUUUUCUGUGUAGAUUUGAAAGGACAGACUCUUUUUACAGGCAAGUUCACAAAGUCAUGCUUACUCACAAACGUUAAGGAAAAUGAAGUUAAAAUAAAUUAUUUUCUAUUUGAUA